CUUUACAAACAUCCUUCGACAACUUCUCCCGAGGUGAAUCUUGAAUUUGGUCUGGCAACUUUUUCCUCAGGUGUAAUCAGACGUACUCCAGCUGACACGAUAAGCACCUUCUCGUUCCUGAAGAUUCCCCGUUCUCCGAGCGUACGUACGUAGAACGUCAGGGGCACGACCGGCGCUGACGAUAAGGCGCUCAUGCGGCUCAUUGCUCAUCGCAAAUAAUAGUUUACGCCAACGCCAGUUUAGCCAGCAGACUGAACCACAAUGUCUCCAACGGUGGACAUUAAGCAGUGGAAGCUCGAUAAAGCCAAAGUUGAGAAACAACUCAUGGAGGGUUUAAAAGAUGCUCUGUUGAAGCGAGAUGUAGAGGGCUUAAAGGGUCAUCUUGACCGGAAACUUCCCGAGUUGGAUCGACUGUACCAGGAGCAGUCCAACUCGGAAGAUGAUGGUGCGUUCAAAAACAAGAAACUUAGAAGGUUUUUCGGUGAAAUGAUCUGCCCUCGAGAUGAUCACGUCCAGUUUGUGGCACCAUUUCUGGACAAAAUCCCCAUCGUCAACGAACCGGUGCAGCAGCUGCGGAAUCAACACCCACUUCACAUAGCCAUUCAGGCGAAAGCAUUUUCGGUGGUGGAGACCUUGCUGACGAUCGACGGCAUCAACGUCAACGCUCAGCUCAAGAACCAAACUCCGCUGAUGUUGCUGGUCAAAAUGAUUACUCCGGAGAAUUUUGAAGCAGUGCUGCAAACCAUUCGACUUCUGGCGUCCAAGGGUGCCGAUAUAAACGUUGGUGACUACCGAGCUCACCCGCUGUCGGUUGUGUGCCAGCUGACGACGAUCGGUGUGUCGGAGAAGCGCCGGCUGCUGGAGUUAUGCAAGGAGAACUUCAAGUGUGACGUGGACAGUGUGUUCAACGGGCAGGCUCGUCGGGAUAUCGAAGCGCUGUUUGGUGAUUUGUGUUUUGGGCAACAACAGUCCGAACUGUCAACGGCAAGCCUCAAGUCUCUGCUGCUGAAGGGAAAGGAGGAGGAGUUUGUGAAGGGAUUCUAUGAACUGUACGAGAAUUUGGUCCGGGAAAAGAAGGAGAGGGAUUUGUACGAGCUGCUGGCUCAGGCGGCAGUGAAAAAUAGGAGUCUUUGUGUGGAGAGAAUGUUCAGUAAAUGUAAGAAUGAGCGAGUUUUUGAAACGGUUGAAGCAAAGAAGAAACUCAGCGAGGUGCUGAAAGUUGUUUGCUGUAAAGGGUUCGUAAAGGUUUUGAAGUUGUUUCUUAAGUUUAUCUCCGACUCCAAAGUUUUCAACGAAUCAGCACUGGCGUUGAUCUGCGUCAGGAGAUUGCAGAAGAGACGGGUUCCGGAAAUGGUCGAGUGUUUGGACGUACUACUGCAAAACAGUAGAAUUAAUGUGGACAAUGCUGAUCACCUCGGGAUGACGGCGCUACAUUUUGCCGUCCAACAUGACAUGGACGAAGAAGCGUUACAAAUCAUGACGAAAGGAAAACCGUACCUCGGACAGCUAAAUCGUUUCAACAAGUCACCGCUACACUUGAUGAGUGCUACGGUUCUGCAAAGAUACCUGGAUUGGUGCAUUUCGGUGGAAGGAGUUCGUUCGGAUGACCUUGGAGAGAAUAUCCACAUCAACUUGGCGGGAUUUGUACCUCAAACGAGAACAAAUCGAGCUGAAGUUACAUACACUAGCACUCCUACUGAAGAAACGGUCGAGAAUGGUAUUUCAAAUAGUACAUUCAUGAAUAACGCUGGUCAGCUGUUCAAAGCAUUUAUGAAGGAACCUAAACGAUCAGAUCUGCUACCAGAAUGUUCAGUGUUACAAAGAAAUUCGAAAGAGGUCGAUCCAUUCGGGUAUAUUGCGGACUCCAAGGAGCUGAGACCACUGCUAAAGCAUCCAGUGAUCAUGAGCAUCCUGCUCGUCAAGUGGUUCCAGAUCCAGAGGAUUCUUUACCUUAAAUUAGGCAAAAGUGUGCUUCUCGCAGUGCUGUUCACGCUGUAUGCCAUAACUGACAUAACGAAGAACACAACUUUGAGUUGGAUACUUUGGACCUGCUGCUUCUUUCUAGUGGCUACCUUUGCAAUCGUUUUCGUUGUCGUCAUCUUUAAAUCCAGCAACUACUGCACAGCGCAACGGUCUUCCUUCAAAGCACAAUUCAACUACACGGAGCUGAUAAUAUUUCCACUAGCGACCGUGUGCUUAUUUAAUCACAGCACUACCCUUCUCGCCAUCCUAAUCGUCCUCGCCGGGAUCAACAUCGUAACUCACAUGGGCUCGCUGCCUUCGUCCUCACUCUCGACAAGCAUCGUCAUGUUGGAGACUGUCAGCAGAAACUUCCUCAAAAGUCUCCUAAUCUACGUGAUCAUCCUGCUUGCAUUUGGAUUUGGCUUCUUCGUGCUGUAUUCUGACAACAAUGUGCAGGAAGACAGCGGCUUCAGCUCGUUCAAAACGCUGGAAAGCUCCAUCAUUAAGGCGCUGGUUAUGCUAACUGGUGAGCUCGAUGCCUCGUCAAUCGAGUUCAAAUCAAACCGUGCCAGCUACAUCUUGUUUUUGGGCUUCAUAUUUUUGGUGACGCUGGUGAUUGCAAACUUAAUCAACGGAAUCGCCGUCAGUGAUAUCUCGGUAAUCCGUCAAGAGGCCGAAGUGAUUGCCCUUGCUAAAAAAGUCAAAACUUUGGCCCACUACGAAGAAGUGAACAACAGAUUCAACUUCAACGAGAAAUCCUUCUUCAGCUACUACGAGCCCCAGCUGAUCGUUCUGCCCCGUGAAAACAACAAAAUCCUAGCGAAACCCAAGCGCACCCCGAACCAAAAGACAAAGCGUUCCACACGUGGCCACUGCCGCGAACCGUUCGCAAAAUGUUCCACCUGGACAACCGGUGCCACUGCCUGGACGAGGACAUUGUCGCCGCCAUUCGGGACAUUUUGGACGCUCGAACCAGUGGGCACGCGGGCCAGCUGGAGCUGAACCUCAAGUCGUACGACGAGCGGCUGUUGCGUCUCGAGGAAAAGAUCGAUCUGCUGCUGCUGCGCAUGUCCGCGGGGGAAAAGCCACCGGAAAGUGCUGCUGGUCAAAGGUGGAAAAAGGCUGCGAACGCCAUGAUCGGACAGUACAGGCUGAGGAAUCUGCCGCGACGUGGUGUUAGUGUGCGGUAGCCAAUUUUCAAAAAAA